UGUCGCAAAGCAAGGAGGAAGGCGGGAGUCCCGGAUCACCAGCCCUUGAGGAGACCUGGUCUGUGGGGUCGCGAUGGCGAGCGCUCCGUGGGCCGAGAUCUACGAGAAAUUCCAGGCGGCGCUGGCCCUGUCGCGAGUGGAGUUGCAUAAAAACCCGGAGAAGGAACCGUACAAGUCUAAGUACAGCGCCAGAGCGCUGCUGGAGGAGGUGAAGGCGCUGCUGGGCCCAGCGCCCGAGGACGAGGAGGAGCGGCUGCAGGCGGACGAGGGCUCGGGCGCCGGGGACCACGCCUUGGGGCCGCCGGCCGAGGCGGUGGAGGCCGCGGGGCCCGGCGCCCAGCGCGCCGUGAGGCUGGCGCUCAUCGAGUUCCACCUCGGGGUGAACCACAUCGACACCGAGGAGCUGUCGGCCGGCGAGGAGCAUCUGGUGAAAUGCCUGCGGCUGCUGCGCAGGUACCGGCUGUCGCACGGCUGCGUCUCCCUCUACAUCCAGGCGCAGAAUAACUUGGGUAUCCUGUGGUCUGAAAGAGAAGAAAUUGAAACUGCACGAGCUUACCUAGAAUCAUCUGAAGCACUGUAUAACCAAUAUAUGAAAGAGAUUGGGAGUCCUCCCCUUGAUCCUACUGAGCACUUUCUUCCUGAAGAAGAGAAACUUACUGAACAAGAGCGAUCCAAAAGGUUUGAGAAGGUUUAUACUCAUAACCUGUAUUACCUGGCUCAAGUCUACCAGCACAUGGAAAUGUUUGAGAAGGCCGCACACUAUUGCCACAGUACAUUGAAACGGCAGCUUGAAUACAAUGCCUACCAUCCCAUGGAGUGGGCUAUUAAUGCCGCCACCUUAUCGCAAUUUUACAUCAAUAAGCUGUGCUUCAUGGAAGCCAGGCACUGUUUAUCAGCUGCAAAUGUCAUUUUCGGUCAAAUUGGAAAGAUCUCAACCACGGAAGACAGUACGUUAACGUCUCCUGAGGCUGAAGGAGAUGUGCCAGAACUUUAUCAUCAAAGAAAGGGGGAAAUAGCAAGAUGCUGGAUUAAGUACUGUUUGACUCUCAUGCAAAAUGCCCAGCUCUCCAUGCAGGACAACAUAGGAGAACUUGAUGUUGAUAAACAGUGUGAGCUAAGAGCUUUAAGGAAGAAAGAACUAGAUGAGGAAGAAAGCAUUCGGAAAAAAGCUGUGCAGUUUGGAACCGGUGAGCUGUGCGAUGCCAUCUCUGCCGUGGAAGAGAAAGUGAGCUAUCUGAAGCCUUUAGAUUUUGAAGAAGCCAGAGAACUUUUCUUACUGGGCCAGCAGUAUGUCUUUGAGGCAAAAGAAUUCUUUCAGAUUGAUGGUUAUGUCACCGACCACAUUGAGGUUGUCCAAGACCACAGUGCUCUGUUUAAGGUGCUUGCGUUCUUUGAAACUGACCUGGAGAGACGGUGCAAGAUGCAUAAACGGAGAAUAGCCAUGCUAGAGCCCCUAAUUGUUGACCUGAACCCACAGUAUUAUCUGUUGGUCAACAGACAGAUUCAGUUUGAAAUUGCACACGCUUACUAUGACAUGAUGGAUUUGAAGGUUGCCAUUGCCGACAAGCUAAGGGACCCUGACUCACACAUUGUAAAGAAAAUCAAUAAUCUGAAUAAGUCUGCACUGAAGUACUACCAGCUCUUCUUAGACUCCCUAAGAGACCCAAAUAAAGUUUUCCCUGAGCACAUAGGGGAAGAUGUUCUCCGCCCUGCCAUGUUAGCAAAGUUCCGAGUUGCCCGACUCUAUGGCAAAAUCAUCACUGCAGAUCCCAAGAAAGAGCUAGAAAAUUUGGCAACAUCAUUAGAACAUUACAAAUUCAUCGUUGAUUACUGUGAAAAGCACCCCGAGGCUGCCCAGGAAAUAGAAGUUGAGCUAGAACUUAGUAAAGAAAUGGUUAAUCUUCUCCCAACCAAAAUGGAGCGAUUCAGAAGCAAGAUGGCCCCAACUUAGCUCUCAUAUGUACACAGGAAAUGUGCGGCAUAGAGAAUUCUUUCCCUAGUCAGACAGGCCCAGUUCCCUGUGGUCCUUCCCUCUAGAGGCAGAAGAGUGGCCUUUGAACUUGAGAUACAGCCCCAUCAACUCUGCGCUAGGACCUUCAUCAACAUGAAGUUAGUAAUUUAUACCUAAUUAUGUAAAUUGCCUUGUUAAAAUUGGCAUGUGGUUUAUAUUUUAGAUUGCUUCUUUUCUACUUAGAUACAAACAUUUCUGCCCCCACUUACUAACUGUAGGUUCUUUGUUGACCUGGUACUUGGUAGAUUCCAUGCAGAGGAACCUACUGCCUAGUGGAUGAGCCUGUUACUCUAUUAAAGUUGAAAAAUUAACUUCCUGUAAUUAUUAUUUCUAAAAUAGUUACUUUCCUAAAUGCCAAGAGAAACUUAUCCUUUUUGAAAAUACUAAAAAUUAAGUUAUGUUGUUUUAAAGUGUUGUAAAAUGGUUUGUCCCAAUU